GGAUUACAACCACAAAUUGCAGAGUUGAUGGCAAACGAUGGAACUACAUGGCACUUCAUACCGCCAAGAGCGCCUAACUUCGGUGGUUUGUGGGAAGCAGGAAUCAAAUCUGUUAAGACUCAUCUCUUGAGGGUCUUAGGCAAUACAACAUUAACUUUUGAGGAAAUGACAACAUUACUUGCACAAAUAGAGGCUUGUCUUAACUCUCGUCCCAUCUGUGAGUUAAAUGACGAUCCUAACGAUGUUGCUGCACUCACACCUUCACACUUCUUAAUAGGUGAACCCUUAGUGGCUAUACCGGAGAAACUACAAACUAAUUUCAACAUCACCCCUCUGGAUCGCUGGAAACUAGUUAGAAAAAUUAGUGCUCAUUUUUGGCAACGGUGGAGUGUUGAAUAUUUGCAUUCUUUACAACAACGCCAUAAGUGGAAUUCUAAAACAAAGGCUCCAGAAAAGGGUGACAUAGUCCUCAUAAAGGAACCAGCUCUCCCCCCUACUAAAUGGCUACUGGCACGGGUCUUGGAAACACAUCCGGGACAAGAUGGGGAGGUGAGAGUGGUGAGUCUGCAAGCCAAGUCAGGCUUGCUGAAGCGUCCAGUUUCAAAACUGGUCGCUAUAUCUUCACACUAACUACGGUGGGCGGCGACAAGAAGAACGGAGUUCUUGGUGGGCGGGAUGUUUGCUUAUAACGCCAUCUAGUGAUAGCAUUUACACAACUUCUUGUCGUCAAUUCAUCGAAGCGGUCGCGGCCGCUUUUUUAAUCUGUCAUCUGUCAUCGCGUCUGCAAAAAACCACCAACGUCGUGCCGUGAGUUAAAUUCAAAUUUUGCUUAAUUUAUACAAUUUA